AUGGGUCGCAUCGCUACCGGGUUUUUGUGGAUUUUCGGUAGGCAAUACAACGAUGCUACUUUUGGGUGCGCAACUUUCUGCCGUGUGGUCUACUCUCGGGCGGACAAGGGUAACGCUGUAGUUAUUAUGGACAAGCAAGAAUAUGAAGCCAAGGUCCUGGAGAUGAUAAACUCCGGUCCGUAUGAGGAGUGCAAAUACAAAAAUGGCAAGCCGAAAGAUCCUCUCAAUUCGUUGAUCGAGGAAGCGAACAGUGCCCGGCAGAAAGUUGCGCACCUGAUGGCAUCGUUGUAUUGCCUACCGAAAAUCCACAAAAACCCGGUAGCGAUGCGACCCAUUUCCUCAAAUAUUUGUACCCCGACGGAAAAAAUGGCUGCUUGGCUAGUAGGAGAAAUGAGAAGGUAUCCGGUAACCCACGGUAAAAGUGUUAGGAAUUCCAUAGAACUUGCCGAGAAACUGAAGAACCUCGAGAUACGACGGGGUGAAAUUUUAGUGUCUUUCGAUGUCACCGCCCUUUUUCCAAACGUACCUGUUUCGGAUGCACUUCGUAGUUUGAGAAGGCACUUGGAACGUUGUCGAGUGCCGCCUAACCACAUCGAAGCAUACCUUACCGUAGCUGAAGUAUGUAUGGACCAAAACUACUUCAUGUUCAGGGGUAAGUUUUACAAACAAACGUUUGGACUCAGCAUGGGCAGUAAAUUAUCACCGCUUUUGGCCGAUGUCUUCAUGAGUGAUUUCGAAGAAGAACUCCAAAAAGAAAAAAUCUUCCCCCGUAUUUGGAGGCGCUAUGUUGACGACAUUUUCGCAGUAGUUAAGGAGCGAUACUUGACGCAGAUACUUCAGCUGUUGAACACUCGACAUAGUUCCAUCAAAUUCACAAUAGAGAAAGAGACAAACGGCACACUUCCUUUCUUGGAUCUGAUGAUAACCAGGAAAGACGACAACACCUUGAAAUUCGGCAUCUACCGGAAACCCACCUCCACAGACCGGUACAUAACGUCCGACUCCAACCAUUUCGGAACACAACAACAAGCCGCGUUCCAUUCGAUGGCCCAUCGGCUGUUUAAUAUACCGAUGGAAAAGGAAGAAUUCAUUACGGAAAGAAAGAAGAUUCACGAAGCCGCGAGAUCAAUGAACGUGCUUUUUGCCAUGUUCACCAAACCUCUUCCCACAAUAACAAUCAUCAUCCAUCAUAGAUCAAUCGACUCAUCACGGAAACCUCCGCCCGCCCAAUGUGACAUCAUCCUCACCAUUCAUCCAACAGCAGCCAACGUUUGCGUGGCCGCAUUUGCUUCCUGCCAAUUCACGCGAUCUACCUACCAUCAUCAUCAUGGGACCCGACGACCCGUUGUUUUCGGCCGUCGCGUCGUGACUGCUUUUUUACACGUUUACCGUUAA